AUGGCGGCUGAAGGCGAUGUGGAGCUGGAGCUUGAGGCGGACGAAAACUGCGCUUUAUCUGCGAACAAACCCGCAGAGAAACCGCGCAAACAUGACAGCGGAGCGGCCGACCUGGAGCGAGUAACCGACUAUGCCGAGGAGAAGGAGAUCAGGAGCGAGGACCUGCAAACGGCGAUGUCUGUGAUCGGAGACAGAAGGUCCAGAGAACAGAAGGCUAAACAAGAACGAGAAAAGGAGUUGGCCAAAGUCACGAUCAGGAGAGAGGACGUGGAACUGAUCAUGCAGGAGCUGGAGAUCUCUCGUCUGGUCGCAGAGCGCUCUCUCAGAGAACAUUUGGGAAACGUGGUGGAGGCUUUAGUCGCUCUCACAAACUGA